AUGGCGGAGUCAAAAGAAUGUCAAAUAGCUAUUGCUUGUGAGGACUGCGUUGAAAGAAAAGUAGAUUUUUUAUGUAGUUGUGACAAACGUAUUUGUGAAAAUUGCCUUGGAAAACACAAAAAGGCAAAUCCUCAUCAUUUUGCAUCUGCAUACUCUGUUGGACAGGUAUCUACGAAAAUAGGAUGCGAGAAACACAUAGGAGAAAUCUGCAGAUUAUUUUGCAAAGAUUGUUGUGAACCAGUCUGUACUAUUUGCACAAAAAUCGAACACAGGGAACAUAACUAUGAGUAUCUUGCCGAUCGUUUCGCUUCUCAAAGGACAGUGAUGGAAAAAGAGCUUCAGAAACUUGAAAUGGAAUACAGAAAUAAGUAUUUGAAACUUUUGAGUGAAAAUGAACAAACCAUUUCUGAAGUUCCAGAAAAGUAUUCAGCUAUUCGACAGGAAGUCGAAAUUGCUGGUAUAACUUUACAAAAGAAAGUUGAGACGAAAGUUAAGAAACUAAAAAUGCAAAUCGAUGCCAUGGAAAUGGAUCACCUUGACUGCCUAACAGACAACAAAACUAAAUUGGAAAAAGUCAUUGAAAAUAUCGAAGAAUCUAAAUCUGAAAUUUCUAGGCAAAUGGCUGACCCUGAAUGUUUAGCUGCGUACCAAGUCAAGAAUUAUCCCUUUGAGCACUGCCCGGAAUUGAUGGGACGGAUACCCCCGGAGUUGAAACAAUCUGAGAAUGAUUGUUUCAAUUUAGAAGAAUUGUUAGGAAUGUUGACUUCAUCCAAAAAAAUCAUAACAUCUAAACUUCAUGAGGAAAAGCAUGUAGGAAAAGAUGAAAAUAAAAAGAGCAAAGCCAUAAUAUUACUGGAACACGCAAACCAAAUGCAAAAGAUUGUCACAGUUUAUAGCUAUAUUUUCGAUGUAAUGGUUACAAUGAAUGAUACUAUACUCGUGUGUGGUACUUACAAAAUUCAAAAGAGUCUCACAAUCCGUUCGUUAGAUUUCUCUGGGGAAGAAAUUAUGUCAAUACCUGUUCAAAAUCAGCCAAAGUAUCUCUCACAAGCUAACGAUAAAACAAUAUUCUACACCUCGGAUAACAAACCUGGUGUACACAUUAUAAAGAAUGGCACGACAGAAACAAUUGCUGUAGAUGUUUCUUGGAAACCAAAAGGUCUAUCCUGUAGAAAUUCUGGUGAUAUUAUCGUAGCUGAGCAUAAUGAGGUCGACAAUAUAGGUCGUUUAAGUAUCUAUACAUCAAAAGGUGAAGUGAAGCAAUCAUUUGGCUCAGAAAAUGGCCUCGCAAAGCCCUCAUAUGUUUGUGAAAACAUAAACUCUGAUAUAUGCACCUCUGACGAAGGAAAACACAUGGUGUUUGUGUUCUAUUCAGCGGGAAAUUUGAAAAAUGUAUACAAAGGGAAGUCCGAUAAAACAGAAUUUACGUCUUUCACACCUCGUGGCUUAGCUACGGACU